GCUCCUCUACGAUCCUCGAAAUAUCUCAAUUGCCAAAGAUGACUUCCCUCUCUAACAAGCUUGCUAUCACCGACGUUGAGCUCAAGGACAAGCGCGUCUUGAUCCGUUGUGACUUCAACGUCCCCUUGGACAAGAAGACCGGCGAGAUCACCAACAACCAGCGCAUUGUCGGUGCUUUGCCCACCAUCAAGUAUGCCUUGGAGAAGGGUGCUAAGGCUGUUGUCUUGAUGUCCCACAUGGGUCGCCCUGAGGGUGAACGUGUCGAGAAGUACUCCCUCAAGGUUGUCGCCGAUGAGCUCGAGAAGCUUCUUUCCAAGCAGGUUACCUUCCUCAGCGACUGUGUCGGUUCCGAGGUUGAGAAGGCUUGCGCUGAGGCCAAGGAUGGUCAGGUCAUCCUUUUGGAGAACUUGCGUUACCACAUCGAGGAGGAGGGUUCCGCCAAGAGGAACGGCGAGAAGGUCAAGGCUGACAAGGCCGAUGUCGAGAAGUUCAGGAAGUCCUUGACCUCCUUGGGUGACAUCUACGUCAACGACGCUUUCGGUACUGCUCACCGUGGCCACUCUUCCAUGGUUGGUGUCGACCUUCCCCAGCGUGCCUCUGGUUUCUUGAUGGCCAAGGAGCUCCAGUACUUCGCCAAGGUCCUCGAGUCCCCUGACCGUCCUUUCCUUGCCAUCCUCGGUGGUGCCAAGGUCUCCGACAAGAUCCAGCUCAUCGACAACCUCCUCACCAAGGUCAACAAGCUCAUCAUCUGUGGUGGUAUGGCUUUCACCUUCAAGAAGGUCCUUGAGGGUAUGACCAUUGGUAACUCCCUUUUCGACAAGGCUGGUGCCGAGAACGUCCAGAACUUGGUUGAGAAGGCCAAGGCCAACAACGUCGAGAUUGUCCUCCCCGUCGACUGGACCAUCGCCGACGACUUCUCUCCUACUGCCAACACCAAGCAGGUUACGGACAAGGAGGGUAUCCCCGACAACUGGGAGGGUCUUGACUGUGGAUCCGAGUCCGUCAAGCUCUUCACCGAGACCAUCAACAAGGCCAAGACCAUCCUCUGGAACGGACCUUGUGGUGUCUUCGAGUUCGACGCCUUCGCCAAGGGUACCAAGGGUACUCUCGACGCUGCCAUCGCUGCUUGCCAGAACGGUGCCAACGUCAUCAUUGGUGGUGGUGACACCGCUACCGUCGCCGUCAAGUUCGGUGUCGAGGACAAGCUCUCCCACGUUUCCACUGGUGGAGGUGCUUCCUUGGAGUUGUUGGAGGGUAAGGUUUUGCCCGGUGUUGACGCUUUGUCCCAAAAAUAAGCACGCAAAGCGGUCUUUCUGUAAGAUUGCCGUUUGAGCGGUGAGAGUAGAUUGUGUUUGACUACGAUAUAAUAAUGAGUGUAUUACUACCAUACUUUGCAUUUCGCGACCAGCUCCAGUACAUCCAAAAAUCUUGAUCUCUCCUUCGCACCCAUGAUCUCCGUAUCCUCGUAAUCAUACCCUCUUACGUUGGUCGACAAUGCUAACCCUACUAUGACUGUUCGUGCCUCAUCCGGGUUCUGCGAUGCCACCAGUGAUGCGAUAUGCACA